AUGUCGAAGCGGCUCCGGAGCAGCGAGGUGUGCGCUGACUGCAGCGGGCCGGAUCCUUCCUGGGCAUCAGUAAACAGGGGAACUUUUAUCUGUGAUGAGUGCUGCAGCGUCCAUCGGAGUCUGGGACGCCACAUCUCUCAAGUGAGGCAUCUUAAACACACACCCUGGCCCCCAACUUUGCUUCAGAUGGUUGAAACCUUGUACAAUAAUGGUGCUAAUUCUAUCUGGGAGCAUUCUUUGCUGGACCCUGCUUCUAUUAUGAGUGGAAGACGGAAAGCUAAUCCUCAGGAUAAAGUACAUCCCAAUAAAGCAGAAUUCAUCAGAGCCAAGUAUCAGAUGUUAGCAUUUGUCCAUCGCUUGCCGUGCCGGGACGACGAUAGUGUAACUGCCAAAGAUCUUAGUAAGCAACUCCAUUCAAGCGUGAGAACAGGGAAUCUUGAAACCUGUUUGAGACUGUUAUCUUUAGGAGCACAAGCCAACUUCUUUCACCCUGAAAAAGGAAACACCCCCCUCCAUGUUGCCUCCAAAGCAGGACAGAUUUUACAGGCCGAGUUGUUGGCAGUGUAUGGAGCAGACCCAGGCACACAAGAUUCUAGUGGGAAAACACCUGUUGAUUAUGCAAGGCAAGGAGGGCACCAUGAACUGGCAGAACGCCUUGUAGAAAUACAGUAUGAGCUGACUGACAGACUAGCCUUCUAUCUCUGUGGCAGGAAACCAGAUCACAAAAAUGGACAGCACUUUAUAAUACCUCAAAUGGCAGACAGCAGCCUGGAUUUGUCUGAGUUGGCAAAAGCUGCUAAGAAGAAACUUCAGUCUCUAAGUAAUCAUUUGUUUGAAGAACUUGCCAUGGACGUGUACGAUGAAGUUGACAGGCGAGAGACUGAUGCAGUCUGGCUUGCCACUCAAAACCACAGCACCCUGGUAACCGAGACAACCGUCGUUCCCUUCCUUCCGGUCAAUCCUGAGUACUCGUCGACACGCAAUCAGGGCAGACAGAAAUUAGCUCGGUUCAAUGCGCAUGAGUUUGCCACGCUGCUUAUCGACAUUCUCAGCGAUGCCAAGAGGAGGCAACAAGGCAGCCCUCCCUCUAGUUCAAAAGAAAAUGUGGAGCUCAUACUGAAAACAAUCAGUAACCAGCACAGUGUUGAGAGUCAAGACAAUGACCAGCCGGACUAUGACAGUGUGGCAUCAGAUGAAGACACGGAUUUGGAAACCACCGCAAGCAAGGCAAACAGGCAGAAGAGCCUAGAUUCAGAUUUAUCAGAUGGACCAGUCACUGUACAAGAAUUUAUGGAGGUCAAAAACGCUCUAGUGGCUUCUGAGGCCAAAAUACAACAGCUAAUGAAGGUGAAUAACAACUUGAGUGACGAGCUGAGAAUUAUGCAGAAAAAGCUUCAAACACUCCAGAGUGAAAAUUCGAACCUCAGGAAACAGGCUACAACCACUAGAUAUCAGGUGCACAUGGGUUCUGAGUACACAGACCCGUCCAACCACUCUUCCUUAAAGCGACGUCCGUCCGCCCGUGGCAGUAGGCCCAUGUCCAUGUAUGAGACGGGAUCAGGGCAGAAACCAUAUCUCCCCACGGGAGAGGUGAACCACCCUGAGGAGAGCAGGACACGGCUCCAGCCCUUCCCCGCACACAUCGGGAGGAGUGUGUUUGUGACCCCCUCUUCAUCUCUGCCUUCCUUCCCCUCCACACUCUCCUGGUCGAGGGACGAAAGCGCCCGAAGGGCAUCCAGGCUGGAGAAGCAGAACAGCACCCCUGAAAGUGACUAUGACAACACUCCCAAUGACACAGAGCCUGAUGACACGGGACCCAGCAGAAAGGGAAAGCAGAGGAGUAUGCUGUGGCAGGGUGACAGCUGUGUUCCAAAUGCCACAGACCCCCACGCAGCCCCCAGCACCGAGGACGUCAUCCGGAAGACCGAGCAGAUCACCAAAAACAUACAGGAGCUCUUGAGAGCGGCCCAGGAAAACAAGCAUGACAGUUACAUCCCCUGCUCAGAGAGGAUACAUGUGGCUGUUACAGAAAUGGCAGCACUGUUCCCCAAAAAACCCAAGUCCGACAUGGUGAGGACUUCCCUCCGUUUACUGACAUCCAGUGCCUACCGCCUCCAGUCCGAGUGCAGGAAGACCCUUCCUGGGGACCCUGGCUCCCCCACGGACAUUCAGCUGGUCACUCAGCAGGUCAUCCAAUGUGCAUAUGACAUUGCCAAGGCCGCCAAGCAGCUGGUCACCAUCACCACCAAAGAGAACAACAACUGA